GAGGAGAAAAGCCGAGAGCCAAACCGCUCCAUCGUCUCGAACCUUCUCGCCUCCUCUAACCCGCCGCCGCCGAACCCUAACCCUUCCUCGCCGCCGCCGACCGACCCCCGCCGCACGCCGGGAUGGACGACAGCUGCGCGGUGUGCGCGGACGCGCUCGAGUGGGUGGCCUACGGGCCCUGCGGCCACCGGGAGGUGUGCUCGACCUGCGUCGUCCGCCUCCGCUUCGUCGUCGGGGACCGUCAUUGCUGCAUCUGCAAGACGGACUGCCCCUCCGUCUUCGUCACCAAGGCCAUGGGGGACUACACGAGGGUCAUCUCCGAUUUCUCCGCCUUGCCCGCCGCGGCGAGCGAGGGGAAGGCGGGGGAGUACUGGUACCACGAGGAUUCAAGGGCCUACUUCGACGACGCCGACCACUACAAGAUGAUUCGGGCCAUGUGCCGGCUCUCCUGCAGCGUAUGUGAGAGAAUUGAUGAGGGCCAGGCGGCGCAAGCGAAGGGCAGGGACAGCACCUUCAAGACCAUUGGCCUGCUAAGGGGGCAUCUGUCCGACAAGCAUGGGCUGCGCAUGUGCAAACUUUGCUUGGAGGGGAGGAAGGUGUUCAUCUGUCAACAGAAGCUCUACACGCAGGAACAGAUGGCCCGGCACACGCAAACAGGGGACACUGAGGUGGAUGGCUCCGAGGUCGAACGCGGCGGCUUUGCGGGACACCCGAUUUGCGAGUAUUGCAAGAGGGCAUUCUAUGGAGAUAAUGAGCUUUACGCGCAUAUGACCAGGGACCACUACUCGUGCCACAUAUGUCAGAGGCGGCAUCCUGGGCAGUACGAUUAUUUCCGCAACUACAAUGAUUUGGAGAUGCAUUUUCGGAAAGAUCACUUCCUCUGCGAAGAUGACGCGUGUUUGGCCAAGAAGUUUGUUGUCUUCCAGAGCGACGCGGAGAUCAACAGACACAAUGCAAUGGAGCACGGCGGGCGGAUGUCUCGUGCCCAGAGGAACGCCGCACUUCAGAUACCUACCAGUUUUAUGUACCAAAGGAAUGAGCAAGAUCAAAGGCGUGGCAGAGGCAGGGGCCGUAGUGCUCACCAUGACAGACCUGAUGGGGAUUUCUCAUUACCUGUGGAUGGCAGUGCAACUGCAGACCAUGGCCUUGGAAGUCGACUUGAUAGCGCAGGGGGUUCCACGAUGCUUGCUGAUGAAUCACUGUUCCCUCCACUGCCUGGGUCAAGUAACAAGUGUUCUGCUUCAACACAACAGGGGCUGCAAGGUCUUCCUAAGACCACUCUUGCAUCAAGGCUUCAACAGUCUAGGAAGGGCACCGUGAAGGUACUAUAUUCUGGUCGGCCUCAAACUGCUCAAAAUCCUGAGAUAGUACCUCAUGCUUCCACUUCCACCCACACAUGUCCUACACCUGAGCGGGAGCGGAAUGGCAGUGCAACUGCAGAGCAUGGCCUUGGAAGUCGAGUUGAUAGUGUUGCAGGGCCUUUACAGUCAUCAAGUGUCAGUUCGGCCAGUUCUCGUCGUCGAAGCUUAGGGAAUGGUCGCGUGCUUGAACAGUUGUCUUUUCCUCAUCUUCAAGGCCGGGAUAUUCCUGAUGCUAGGAUGGAUGCUGUUUCAGAUGAAACCUCGUUUGCUCCCCUCUCGGAGCAUCAAUCAAGUAAUACGCUGGCUCUUAAUCAGAGCUCAAGGGGUUCUGAGAGGCUUGGUGAUGAAUCAUUAUUCCCUCCAUUGCCUGGGUUAAGUAACAAGGGUUCUGCUUCAACACAACAGGGGCUGCAAAGUCUUGCUAAGAACACAUUUGCAUCAAGGUUUCAACAACCUAGGAAGGGCGCCAUGAAUUCUUGUCGGUCCCAAACCACUGAAAAUCCUGAGAUAGUGCCUGAUUUUUCCACUUCCACCGAGGCAUGGCCGACGCCUGAUCAGGGGCUACAUCUCUCUGGGUCUUCUCACCUUCGGACUGUACCUCAAUCGACAAGAGAUAAUGGGCUCGUGCCACCUGCCUCCAGUGGUUCAGCAUGGAAUUCCAGAGCUCCAAUCAAGAUGAAGCACUCUGUUUCUACCCCUAAUCUUGUUUCUGGUGGGUCCUCUACCCAAGCAUCAUCAAGUACAGCUUACGGCAAUAAACACCAAGUGUCACCUCAAAGCAGCCAGCCUUUGCCUCUUGCGGAGGAUGUUCGGCAAGCGAACAACGCCCUCGUGGAAAAAAUGCGUGCUGCAUUUGGAAUGGAUGAGGAUAGGUUCUCUGCGUUUAAAGAAAUUGCUUCUGAAUACCGUCACGGCGUCAUUGGUACUUCGGAGUAUCUCUCCUAUGUGGAGCAGUUUGGUAUAUCGCAUCUUGUUCCUGAAAUGGCUAUACUGUUGCCUGAUCCUCUGAAGCAGACCGAACUUGCUGAGGCCUAUUACGCCAACAUGCGCUCUAAAAGCCUGAAAGAAAAUGGCAGUUUUGAAACCAUUACCUUGAAAGAGAAAUUGCUUCAGGAAGGAGAGGCUGCAGUGCUUUCAAAGGAUGGGUACCGAUCUUCCAAGGAAAGAACCCCACUAUCUGCUGGAGGUGAUCAAGUUGCCAUUUCAAAGGCGUCUAGCACCAGUAGGUAUGUGGGCAAGGGUGGAGGAAGCAGCAGCAGUAAUAACAACAGUAAACAAUCAAAGAAGACGUCAAAGUUUCUCAGAGCUCGGUUGGGCGACAACUCAUUGGCUAUGCUUGAUUUUCGUCAUCCUGAUGAUGUGAGCCCUGAAAGAAACGUUUGGAAGAAGGGUGUGGCGCAGAAGCUCUUUUCCGGCAAUGCAAAGAAAUAGCAUCAUUUUGCGCAGAUCUGGUUUGAUGCAUCCGUUCAGCAGCUGGUUGCCGGUAAAUGUGCACAUUUUGUGAUGUGUGUUUGGCUGCUUGGAGAAGGCGUCGUCUAUGUAGAAGGUCGUUUCGUUUGAGUCUAGUUUCGUUUCGUACUGAUUUUUUGCUGGUUUAAAACCUCAGAGGUGAGGAUGGAACUUGAAAUAGUACCGCAGUGUCAUGUUCGUGGCUAGCUAUAACUUUGUGGAAGUGUAGACUGUAUAUUGCACGAAUUCUACCAAUGAUUUUGUGUCCUUGCAGAAAAAACUCU